CUCUCAAUAAGUCUUUUAGACUUUUGUUAUGAAUAGUCUUGUAAACUCUCUGUUAGUGUCUAAUACUAUUGCUGUCGAAUUAAUGGAUUUCGUUCUAUUGAAACAAUGACUAUAUCGCCGAUUUGUGUAACGGCACCUUGCCUUCACUUGUCAAUCGAAACUCAGUCUUUUCGGAUAUGAAUGUAGUUGAAAGAGGGAACGCGAAGACCGACCCAGCCCCUCUUUUUUUUUCUUCGUCCCUCUUUCUGUUUUUUUACUUCUUUCUUUCAACAUUGUCAUAAAUAUACAGCUUCAUACGAUAUCAGAAUGAAGUCACUGGUCACUAUGCUAUUAUACUUGGCCUUUGGAUGUUUUCUGGUCGCUGCAUCCGAGAAAUAUAUUGUAAUACUCAAACCGAACAUAACAUCGAAAAUGGCCGAAGCACACUUAUCUGAUGUUCGAAUGCAUUCAGUUAUUCCGAACAACCGCACCUCUCGCAUUGGAAAUUUGCAUUUCUAUUCAGCAAAUUUGUCUGGAACAGGCGUUCAGGAAAUAGAAAAGAAUCAGUCUCAUGUAGUCGACUACUUGAUCAAAGACCAAACUUUUCGAGCCCAGGAGUUAAUCCAGCCGAAUCCACCGAACUGGGGGCUUCCUAGAAUCGACACACACACCGAUGAAAACUCUUUCUUCAGCUUUCCAACAUCAGCUGGAAGUGGUGUCGAUGUCUAUGUACUCGACACCGGUGUAUAUGCUCAUCACAGUGACCUUGUCAGUCGAGUAACAAGUGCACCAUCGUUCAUCGGAGAAGCCACUGACACAACCGAUUCCAACGGACAUGGCACUUUUGUGGCUGGCGUAUGUUGUGGUCUUACGUAUGGGGUUGCCAAGAAGUCCAAUAUUAUUUCGGUAAAGGCUCUCACUAGCGAUGGGGAGGGGACUCUUGCCAACGUGCUGCUUGCCCUAGAAUGGGUAGUUCAACGGCAUCAAUCAAAGGCAAAUGCAAGGAGUAUCGUCAAUUUAUCUUUGAGUGGAAAUUACAGCAAAACGGCCAAUGACGCCAUUCAAGAAGCCAUCGAUGCUGGGAUUCAUUUCUCUAUAGCCGCUGGUAAUGACGGCGUCAACGCUUGUUCAUUCUCACCAGCAUCGUCCCCCAAUGCCAUGACAGUCGGUGCCUCCAAUAAAAACGACACUGUAGCAUCUUAUUCAAAUUAUGGCGCGUGCGUUGAUCUCUAUGCACCAGGCACUCAUAUCAUGUCGGCCGGGAAGAAUAGUGCAACUGACACCAACAACCUUAGUGGUACCUCGGUAGCAUCUCCAUUCGUGGCAGGGGUAAUGGCGUUGUACUUGGGCGAAAAAAAUUACACUCCCGCGGAGCUGCGAAAUAUACUUUUGAAUUCCAGUACUCCAAUAGCUGAAGAAGAAUCAGUGACCAUCCAGCAAUUCGAUAAUCUCGAUACAUCUUCCAACUUUCAUUUGUUGUAUAGUGGCAAUUGGAGUAACGAUGGAAUACAGAAAGUAUUCGAAAUCGCUUCUUCUGCCAACUCCUCGUUGCUCGGCGCAUACAAGCGCAUAGCAGCAAUAGUCGCGGUAAUGCUCACGACCUAUGCCCUUAUAAGCUGUUAACCGAAACUCUGCCAGCAUCUGUAGUAUAUCAUAGACUUCAUUCGCCUCUCUUUGCAUAUUCAAUUUUUUAGAUACCCUCCUGCUCCCAUGCAUGUACCUAGUUCCUACAUAUCCAUUCCUUAAUACAAUAACUUUGUUAUCGCCUGACGAAAUCCCACAACACCACGUUUUCCUUUUUG